GCCUCAUCACGCCCGCCGGAGACCGAGCGAAACCGGAAUAAAUCAUCCCGCCGAGCCGUAUGAGGGAACUCCAUAGCUGUCACUUGUGCCCUACUCUGAUCAUCUCAAGAGCGCUCAUCAACGUGCUACUGUGCUGCCUGGGGGAGAGCAAUGGAGGAUGGGAAGCCAGUGUGGGCACCCCACCCCAGCGACGGGUUCCAGCUGGGCAUGAUUGUUGACAUAGGAGCCGACACACUCACCAUCGAACCACUGAAGCAGAGGGGCAAGACCUUUCUUGCAUCUAUGAGCCAAGUCUUUCCUGCAGAAGAUGAUGUCAACAAGCAUGUAGAGGACAACUGUUCGCUGAUGUACUUGAAUGAAGCCACUCUUCUCAACAACGUCAGAGUGCGGUACAGUAAAGACCACAUCUACACAUACGUAGCCAACAUCUUAAUAGCUGUAAACCCGUACUAUGACAUUCCCAAGCUAUACGCCGCCGAGACCAUCAAGUCAUACCGGGGGAAGUCCCUCGGCACCCUUCCGCCUCACGUCUACGCUAUCGCCGACAAAGCCUACCGGGACAUGAAAGUUCUGAAAAUUAGCCAGUCCAUCAUAGUUUCUGGUGAAUCUGGUGCUGGAAAGACAGAAAACACCAAAUUUAUCCUCAGAUAUCUGACCACAUCAUACGGAACGGGCCAGGAUAUUGAUGAAAGAAUUGUGGAAGCAAAUCCCCUUCUCGAGGCCUUUGGAAAUGCAAAGACUGUCCGAAAUAAUAACAGCAGCCGCUUUGGAAAGUUUGUGGAGAUCCACUUCAACGAGAAGAAUGCAGUGGUGGGUGGGUUUGUAUCCCAUUACUUGCUGGAAAAGUCAAGGAUCUGCAUGCAGAGUAAAGAGGAGAGGAACUACCAUAUUUUCUACAGGCUGUGUGCCGGUGCCUCCGAGGAUAUCAAAAAGAGGCUGCACCUGGAUUCUCCAGACAGCUUUAGGUAUCUGAAUCGAGGAUGCACAAGAUACUUUGCCAAUAAGGACUCUGAUAAGCAGAUCAUGCAGAACCGCAAGAGUCCAGAGCACCUAAAGACCGGCGCUCUGAAGGACCCGCUUCUUGACGACCAGGGAGACUUCAACAGGAUGUGUGUGGCCAUGAGGAGGAUCGGCCUGGAUGACACCGAGAAGCUGGACCUGUUCAGGGUGGUUGCCGGCGUGCUGCACCUGGGUAACAUCGACUUUGAGGAAACAGGAAGCACCUCAGGUGGAUGUGUGUUGAAGAAUCAGUCAGGCCAAACUCUGGAAUAUUGUGCUGAUCUGCUGGGUUUGGACCAGGAUGACCUGCGGGUCAGCCUCACCACCAGAGUCAUGCUGACUACAGCAGGGGGCGCCAAAGGAACAGUUAUCAAGGUGCCUCUGAAGGUGGAACAAGCAAACAAUGCCCGCGAUGCCCUGGCGAAAGCGGUGUACAGCCGCCUCUUUGAUCAUGUGGUCAAACGAGUCAACCAGUGCUUUCCCUUUGAGAACUCCUCCAACUUCAUCGGGGUGCUGGACAUUGCUGGCUUUGAGUAUUUUGAACAUAACAGCUUUGAGCAGUUCUGUAUCAAUUAUUGCAAUGAGAAACUGCAGCAGUUCUUCAACGAGCGUAUUCUGAAGGAGGAGCAAGAGCUGUAUCAAAAGGAAGGGCUUGGAGUGAAUGAGGUGCAUUAUGUUGACAAUCAGGAUUGUAUAGACCUGGUGGAAGCGAAGCUAGUGGGCAUCCUGGACAUUUUAGAUGAAGAAAACCGUCUACCACAGCCCAGCGACCAGCAUUUUGCCCUGGCUGUGCACAACAAACACAAAGAUCACUUCAGAUUGACGGUUCCUAGGAAAUCUAAAUUGGCCAUUCACAGAAAUGUCCGGGACGACGAAGGCUUCAUAAUUAGGCACUUUGCUGGAGCAGUGUGCUAUGAAACGACCCGAUUUGUGGAGAAGAAUAAUGAUGCCCUCCACAUGUCCUUAGAAAGCCUGGUGUGUGAGUCAAAGGACAAGUUCGUACGAGAACUAUUUGAGAACUCCAACAACGGCAAAGACUCCAAACAGAAAGCCGGCAAACUCAGCUUCAUCAGCGUCGGCAACAAGUUCAAGACCCAGCUGAACCUGUUGCUGGAGAAGCUCCGCAGCACGGGAUCGAGUUUUAUCCGCUGUGUCAAGCCUAACCUGAAGAUGAUCAGCCACCAGUUUGAAGGAGCCCAGAUCCUCUCUCAGCUGCAGUGCUCAGGCAUGGUGUCGGUGUUGGAUCUGAUGCAGGGGGGAUUUCCCUCCAGAGCCCCCUUCCACGAACUCUACAACAUGUAUCAACAGUACAUGCCUGACAAGCUCACACGUCUGGACCCUCGCCUCUUCUGCAAGGCUUUGUUCAAAGCCCUGGGGCUGAAUGAUAAUGACUACAAGUUUGGACUGACCAGAGUGUUCUUCCGGCCUGGAAAGUUUGCAGAGUUUGAUCAGAUCAUGAAGUCCGAUCCCGACCACCUUGCAGAGUUGGUGAAGAAGGUCAGCAAAUGGCUCAUCUGUAGCCGCUGGAAGAAGGUUCAGUGGUGUUCCCUGUCAGUCAUCAAAUUGAGGAACAAGAUGAGUUACAGAGCCUUGGCGUGUAUUAAGAUUCAGAAGACGGUCCGCAUGUGGCUGUGCAAGAGGAAACAUAAGCCGCGCAUCGAUGGUAUGGUGAAGGUGUGUAACCUUAAGAAGCGGAUGGAGCGGUUCAACGAGGUGGUGAGCGGGCUGAAAGAGGGCAAGCAGGAGAUGGCCAAACAGAUCCAGGACGUAGCCACCUCCAUAGACUCCCUCCUGACCAAAAUCAAGGCGACAGUGAUGACCCGGAAGGAGAUUGACACAGAGUACCAUGGGCUGACCAAGCGUUUAGAGCUGCUGCUUUCCUCCAUGCAGAAGAAGAAACAGGAGGAGGAAGAGGGGGAGAGGCUGAAACGCAUUGAGGAGGAGAUGGAAAGGGAGAGGAAGAGGAGAGAGGAGGAAGAAAAACAACGCAACCAGGAGGAGGAGGACAGAAGGAUGAAAGCAGAAAUGGAGCUUAAGAGGAAGCAAGAGGAGGAGGAGAGGAAGAAGAGGGAGGAGGAGGAGAAGAUCCUACAGGCGGAAUUGGAGAUCCAGCUGGCUUUGGAGCGUGAAGAGCAAACCCAACGUGCUGCCAUGUUGGAGCAGGAGAGGAGAGACAGGGAACUAGCCAUGAGAAUCGCCCAAAGUGAGGCGGAGCUCAUCACAGAGGAGGCACAGUUGGAUGCCAGCUUGCGCAGUGAUGAAUAUUUGUCAGGACUGCCUAUCUCCUCAUCCUCAGCCAAAGUCAUGGGUCCUCAGGUGCAGGCGACUAAGGCUGCUGCUGGUGUGAAAAAGUAUGACCUGAGCAAGUGGAAGUAUGCUGAGCUACGAGAUGUUAUCAACACUUCCUGUGACAUUGAGCUGCUGGCAGCAUGCAGAGAGGAGUUUCACCGUCGUCUGAAGGUCUAUCAUGCGUGGAAGACCAAGAACAAGAAACGUGACGAUGACGGAGCCGAUCAAAGGGCUCCCAAAUCCAUUACAGAUUAUGCCGAGCAGAACCCAGCUCCUCUGAUGACAGCCCAACAACAGGAAGUAGCCAUGAACCGCCAGCAGCGCUACUUCCGCAUUCCCUUCAUCCGGCCCGCUGACCAGUACAAGGACCCCCAGAACAAGAAAAAGGGGUGGUGGUACGCCCAUUUCGAUGGGCCUUGGAUAGCCAGGCAGAUGGAGCUCCACCCUGACAAACGCCCUAUUGUGCUGGUGGCAGGGAAAGAUGACAUGGAGAUGUGUGAGCUGAGCCUGGAGGAGACGGGUCUGACCAGGAAGAGGGGGGCAGAGAUCUUGCCAAGGCAGUUUGAAGAGAUUUGGGAACGCUGUGACGGGAUCCAGUACCUCAGGAAUGCCAUUGAGAGCAAGCAGGCCCGCCCCACCUACGCCACUGCCAUGCUUCAAAAUCUCCUCAAGUGAACCAGAGCACCGAGAUAAGCCGAUAUCACACAACCACGAGCUUUGGGCAGCAUCCUACUUUACUUCCAAUUAGCGCGUGCGCACAAACACACACAAACACACACACACACACACUUUCACACAAACACAUUAUUGCACAUGCACACACAUGUACAUACAUACCAGUACACAUGGACCGUGCACAUACCCGUAUCUGUGGUUUGUGGGACGGGGUAAAAGGUAAUGGAUGAGGAAGAUGAUGCCCACACAAGUCUCACUGAAGGUAUUCAGUGUUCUGUUCUUGGAGUGUCUUUUUUUUUGUAUUAUUAUUUGUCUUUAUUUUGCUGUGUAACACCUUAUUGGUGGAGAAUUAGAAUUUGUAUGCACCCCUCUUUUCAAUCUAUGCUGGAAUGGGAUAUCCCACUUUGAGGCCUUAAAGUGCAAUAUCACUGCACUCUCGCUCAUAAAUUGGUAUAUUUGAUAUUUUGGGGAAAAACAAAAAAAAAGUGUUGUGGAGCUCUCAAAAAUACUGUGAAAUUAUCUCUGCCUGUCUGAAAGUUUGUUCACGGCUUUUUGGUGUUCGGAAUCACACUGUUAUUCAACACUACAGCUUAGAUAAUUAAGAUUUGCAUUUUUUUACUCGUUCUAAGUAGCUUACAUGAGAUGAAAGGGAAAAAUGAACGAGGAAGCAUUUAAUUUGCAAAAUCCUGAUGACAUCAGGAGGGUUUAGAGUAGGAACUAUGUAUACCUUAUUAAGAGUUAACAAAUACAUAAGCCAUAGCUUAGUGUCUUAUACUACCCUUGUCCAAGAUCUGACAUAUUAGACAUCAAAUCAGAUGGUCUGAGUUUGGCUGUUUCUUCUUUUUUAUGGUUGCAUAUAAGGAUUACCAUAUUUAUAUUACACUUUGUAGGGACAGAUUUAUUUUCUCUCCAAGAAUGCACUUUUUGAAAGUACUGGAUUCAUCAGCACCUGUGUUGUGUCUUUUCUCAAAAAAUAUCAAUGUGCUUUUAGUGCUGAAAUGGAUAAAAAGCAGACCUGUUUUUUGCUAUUGAUAAAUAUGAGGGACAUUUUUGGUUUUCAAAAUGAUCUUUCUUGGUCUGAGGGCUGGAACUGUUUUUCAGACAAGCUUGUAUUUUUGUUUUUUUUUCUUGUGUGUUUGUGUACUGUUUUCUCUCCUCAAACUUCAGAUGAUUCCUGGCAUUCGUCUGUCAUCUCAUUGUUCAGAAGGAAGUUAGUGGUGUUUCUUUCUGUGUACUUACACUCAGCUAAGGUAAAGAUUAUCGACAAGACCUGAUUUAAUGUCGUAUUUUCCCUUUCUGAUCUUCAGUUGCACAUUGAUAUUGGCUUUGGAAUAUGGUAGAAAAUAAAUGUAUGUCACCGUAUUGUUCAUUGUUUUAUUU